AUGGCUGGAUCCGGUGACAACGGUCAUCUGGCCCAACAAAUCGCGCACAGAGUACAAUCAGGCUGAUUUGCUCAGCACCAAGUUCCAUGCAGACAUGCGCGAUAGUGGCGAAGAUUUGCGAUGGCAGAACCAGAUAAAUAUUGUAGAGAACAACUACAAUAACAAGCCCAUUAACAAUGUAAGUGCCCCCGGUGUAGUGAAUGCAAACGUGCGAGUAAUUUGUCUAUUACUAUUCCAAUUGGGAUAA